UAGUAUAUAAGCUUUGUCAUCACGUAUUUCAGCAGUACGCGAAAAUUCAUCGAUCGGAAUUACACAACUCUAAGUGAUAAAAGACACUAGCGAUGGGUCAGGCGUGUGAAAAACAAACUGAUGUACGGGCAUCAGCACUGGAACUGAUUGGUAACACUCCAUUGGUUGCUUUGGAUCGUCUCUACACAGGGCCUGGACGUCUAUUAGCCAAGUGCGAAUUCAUGAAUCCAGGUGGAUCUAUUAAAGACCGAGCGUCGUACCAUAUGAUACAAAAGGCACGAUUACGAGGAGAACUUAAACCUGGAGACCUGGUUAUAGAAGCAACUUCUGGUAAUCAAGGAUGCGGUCUCGCAGUGGCUUGUUCAGUUCUGGGGCACCCCUUGACUCUAACCAUGUCCAAAGGCAAUACCGUACAACGUGCAAUCCAUAUGGAAGCCCUUGGUGCUAAAUGCAUUAGAGUUCCACAAGUCGAAGGCACAUAUGGCAACGUCACUAACGCAGAUCUUAUGGCAGCUAAAGAUAAAGCUAUAUCUAUGCAAAAGGAAACUGGAGCAUUUUUCGUAAAGCAAUUCCUUAAUGAAGACAACAUUGAAGCACACUACACAAGCACUGGCCCGGAAAUUUGGCACCAAACUGCGGGCAGAGUGAACGCUUUUGUGACCGCUGUUGGCACGUCGGGUACUUUUAUGGGUGUUUCGAAAUUCUUGAAGAAGCAAAACCCCAAGAUACAAUGCUACGUUGUAGAACCCGACGGUUGUGAACCAAUAAAAGGUAAGCCGAUAACCAAAGCAUCGAAUACACUUCAAGGAUCGAGUUACGGUGUUGUACCAGAUCUGUUUAAAUAUGAUGUCAUGAAUGAUACCAUUACAGUCACAGAUGAAGAGGCUGAAGAAUACAUGCAUUUAAUUGGAAAGAAAGAAGGUUUAUACGUGGGUUACACCAGUGGUGCGAAUGUAUGUGCAGCUGUCAAGUUGCUAAAAUCUGGGAAGUUACCUAAAAACGCGUGGGUCGUAACCAUUCUCUUUGACACGGGUCUUAAGUAUACUCCCGUACCUGAAUCGUUAAUGUAAACUUUGAUAAGUGAUUAAAUAGGACAAUUUUGUAAGUUAUUAUGCGUAAGAAGUGAAGCGUAAAUAAGAGCAACAGCACUUCAAAACUCUUAGAGAUCUAAACGUAAAAUUUAUUUAUUAAAAAAAAAUAUGCUUCCAUUACGUUAGUCCAACGUGAUAAAUUUGCGCUUAUAAAGCGCAAAUUCUGGUCACACUCUGAGUUCGUUGUAGUGCACAGAACCUUUUAUUAAUAAAGUUGAAUAACAAAGAAAUUAUUGUUAUAUUGGCUCUAGCCCAUUUACGAAUUCGCAUUUAGUAAUCAGCCAUUCUUCAAGAGUAACGCGCAAAUUGUAUCUUUUAUAAAUUUAAGUAGGUGAUAAUUUUUUUAGUUUAUGUAAGCUAUUCUCACGAGUGUAAUAAUUAGUUGUUAUAAUAGAAUAAGUUAUAAUUAAAUCGUAUUUAUUUGAAAUUCAGUUUCUUAACGAAAAGUAUUUUAAUACCAUUGGGUUGGUAGGUUGCAGCGUUUUGAAAAAUAAUGUUCAAUAGUUUACAAAUUUUGUGAAAAAUAAAAGUAAUUGUUAAAAACAUGAAA